GCAUUUACGCAGAGGCUGGUCUCACCUGCACGUGAACGCAACACGAGCGCUCGCCCCGAUCCGGCCGGGCUUCGGCUCGCUUUUGUCGCACAUGGAUCCCCACCGGCAGCGGCAUCCCCACCCGCGGGCCCUCGCAGGCUCUCCGGGGGCCCGACGCGCGGAUUUGUGUCACUAAGUGAUUUGUCACACUCCUGCCGUGCGCGCGUAAAAUGGAAUACGCUCUGGACGCAAACGAUGGCACCAUUUGGGUCGUUUUACGCACCGGAUCUAUUGUGAUGACUAUUAUAAUGGAUGCUUGAAAGCAAACAGACUGAAUAUAGUGAGAGGACGGGGAAGAAGAAGAAGAAAAAGAAAGAAAAAAAACCCACUGUGGUGCGCGUUAAUUGUAAUUCUAAGAACAAUAUGGAGCACACGGGCAUCGAGGAGGUGAGCCAAACUCACCAGCAGCAGCAGCAGCAGCAGCAGCAGCAGCACGAACCCAUCAGUUUCGGCAUCGACCAGAUCCUCAACAGCUCGGAGCAGUCCCAAGCCGGCUGCAUGCUGCCCAACCGGACCGGGGAGCCCGAGUACGCCGCGCUGGCCGCCGCCUCCAACGCCGUCUACGGCAACGGCUACGGCGGCGUGUACAACCCGGCCUGCUCGGUGGGCCUGCACGCCGGCUCCUACAACGUCAACAUGAACAUGAACGUCAGCAUGAACAUGAACGUCAACGUCAACUCGGCGGCGGCCGGAGCCGGCGGGGUCAUCCGAGUCCCCGCGCACAGGCCCGUGCCGCCGCCGCCGCCCCCGCCGCCCAACACCGGCGCCGGCGGGGCCCAUCAGCAGCCGCCCGGCCUCGGCCUGGGGCCGAUGGGCAACGCCAACUUUACCUUCCCCUGGAUGGAGAGCAGCAGGAGGUUUGCCAAGGACAGACUAACAGGGGAGCAGGCAGAAGAGAGCCGAGCACGAGAGGCCGCGGGGGGGCCGGGGGCCGGGGCGGCGGCGGCGGCGGCUGCCGGGCCCCUCUGCCCUCUCCCCAAGGGGGAUAUCGGCAGGGUCCCCGUCUGGAGCACGGUGGAGACCUUAGCUAAAUGCUAUUACCCCGAGCUCGCGCACCUGCGAGACGGCAAUGGCCUCCUCGCAGACUAUUCUUUCCCAAAGGGCGCUUGCUCAGCCGCCCUAUCGCCCUUCUCCGUGACCCGCCGCAUCGGCCACCCGUACCAGAACCGCACGCCGCCCAAGAGGAAAAAGCCCCGCACGUCCUUCAGCCGGGUGCAGAUCUGCGAGCUGGAGAAGCGCUUCCACCGGCAGAAGUACUUGGCGUCGGCCGAGCGUGCCACCCUGGCCAAGGCCCUCAAAAUGACCGACGCCCAAGUCAAGACGUGGUUUCAGAACAGGCGGACAAAAUGGCGGAGACAAACGGCGGAGGAGCGCGAGGCCGAGAGGCAGCAGGCCAACCGGCUCAUGCUUCAGCUCCAGCAGGAAGCCUUCCAGAAGACCCUGAGCCAGCCCCUGCAGCCCGACCCGCUGUGCCUGCACAACUCCUCCCUGUACGCCCUGCAGAACCUGCAGCCCUGGGCGGAUGACAAUAAGCUGACGGUCUAAAAAGGCAGAAGGGACCCCCCCACUAACUAACGGACACCUCUGUACAUGCCUACCUAUCAAGACUGAUCCCCCUUCUAUCUUCCAUUUUUACUGCUGGAAACUUCAAGAGGAUGCAGAGACUUUUCUGCCCAUGUCUGCAAAAAAAAAAGCAAAAGAUACACAUGGAUUAUUCCUUUGACUUUGUACAAUGUAGUAAUUAUAAAAAAAAAAAAAAAAAAAAAAUGCAUGUUUAAAGUCCUUUUCUGUAUGCACUGGCUGGGAGUUCUUCUGAUUGGCGGCGCUCCUCCUCGGUCCAUUUAAAAGGGUGUUUUAUAUUAAAUGAUUGUCACUUGUUGGGGGGGGGGGGGGGAACGAUGACAAAACUUCUCUUGUUUUUCUUCUAUCUUUGUUUCCUGGGUCCCGGCAAUUUGAGCUGAGCAUUAAACGAAAAGGGUAACCAUUACCGGGCAAGUAACUCAAUUUGAUUCAGAAGACAACUGAACACUGAAGAUAAUUGAUAAACAAUAAAACACGGAAAAAGUUCAAAACAAAUAAGACACUAAAAUAAGGGUGCAAGUAGAGGGUUAGGGUCCCUCGUAUGUGUUGCAGUUAAAAUGAUAAUUGAUUGGUUCUCUGAAUGUUCUGAACGGUUUCCUGCUUUUCUACAACGGAUGUCAUGUUGGCAUAUACACGUUUCAGUUUUUUACCAUCUUACUUGAUUUUUGAAAUGUGAGCGAUGCCACACAUGAUGAUGAGAGGAAAAAAAAAAUCUUAGUGAAAAAUGUGUGUGUACCCUGCUUUUGUCAACAAACCGGUUGUGAUUGAAUGAUCCUUUUAUUUUUCCAAAAUGUAAAUCCUGAAUUAACCAAAUGCUUUACGACCAGUUACGAUCAUCCCUUCUGCAGUGAUGACGGAGAUAUAUUAUGCAUUUUUGUCACAAUUUAAAAUAGUUCCCAGAUGUCUUCAUAACAUGUCUGAUACGUGCCUUCGUCAACAUACCCCAAGGAUCAAGAAUUACAGCAUACUUCACCCAUUAUAUUACGCCUUAGACUAUUCUGAGAGGGCGGUCCCGUCUCAUGCAAAUAACCCACUGUUUACCCCACCCUCCAUACUGCGGGGCCAAUGCUGCUUUUGUUACCGUGCCAACUAGGGGCACGGCCAGAGGGUGGCAACUUGAGUGUUAAAAAAGCAAGCUGCGAACUGCUGAGCGCACGUGAGCCCCAAUAAACGCGGACUCCACUAUCUGAAACACGACAUGCAAGCCGAAAGGUAAGCAUAGCUGCACUGAGUUUUAUUGGAUGAGUGGCGCUUCUGGGGGUGGUAUUUGCAGCUGCACUUAUUGAGAAGUGUAAUUAAGUAGUUUGGUGAUGAAGUGCUGCCUCCGCGAGGGAAAAUAAGAGUCCAGGCUGUCUUGUACGGGCUCGUGCGCGAUUUGCAGUUUUUGUAAAUUUCUAGAUUCAGGGCCCUAAGUGCAGUCACCCUUCGCUCCAAAUUCACUUGCGUGAUGCAAAAAUAGGGUGUGGAAAGUUUGCUAUGAUUCUUGAUUCUAAGAUAUUUUGACGACAGAGACAUUUAGACACCUGAAAACGUUUACAUUGUGAAAAGAAAAUGCAUUAUAGGCUGAAAACCUUUACAUUGUGAAAUAAAAAAUGCAUA